UCAACUAGUAUCGACCAAACAGCAAAGUAGGCCACUCGCGAUAUGUCAUCAAAAUAAACAGUAUACUUCAACUUUCUAAAAAAAAUCCCAUAACCGGUCCAAAAAAUAAACUAAUUUCCAUUUUCAAAAACCGACAUACCCCGAAACCCCGACAGUGUUCUAAUGAAGCCCGUGAUGUGAUUUAGUGAAAAAUUUUGACAGCCGUCAAUUGCAAUACGAUACAAAAUGGUGACAGGACGCGAAUACAGGAUUUCUUUGCGUCGGUGCAUGCCGUCGGCGAAAUGUGGUCCUUCGAAACGUGUGGUGCCGGCUUUUACCAUACAAGCUUUGCAGCGAAAUACGAGAGUUUUGCGCCCCCCGAGUUCGGGCCUGGCGCGCCAGGAGUCUCCGCCGCCGUCUUUGUUUAGAAAAUACUACCAACGUGGUGACUUUCCGAUAGCCAUCGAGUUCUGUGCAAAUCGCAACCAGAUCGCGUGGAAAGUCAAACCGGAGAAACUGGACUACCACCAUUAUCUACCUAUGUUCUUCGACGGAUUGUGCGAGGUGAAGCAUCCUUACAAGUUUUUUGCACGCCAAGGCAUCUUCGACAUGGUGGAAGCUGCACCAGAAAAAGUCUUUCCGGUGCUGCCCCAAUUGAUUCUACCCAUAAAAAAAGCUUUCAACACCCGCAACGCCGAUGUCAUGUGCACAACUUUGAGGGUUUUGCAGCAUCUGGUGACCGCCGAAGAGCGCAUCGGACAGGCCCUUGUCCCUUACUACAGGCAAAUCUUACCAGUUUGCAACAUGUUCAUAGAGGACAACGUCAAUCUUCUGGAUGAGAUCGAUUUUGCUUACUCCAAGGGCGAAAGGGUCGGCGAUCUGAUCCUGGAGACUUUGCAGAUUUUGGAACGCUACGGCGGCGAAGACGCCUUCAUCAAUAUUAAAUACAUGGUCCCGACGUACGAAUCGGCGGUGCUCAACUAGAACCUAUAU